AGAGGGUAGGGAGUAGUGAAUGAGAGAGGAUUUCGGACACAGCCUCUUAUUUAACGGCCCCAUCUCCACCGCCUGGCUGUGGCGUCACCUGGAAGUAGUCACGCCGGGCGGGAUGACCGGAACAACAAGAUGGCGGAAAAUGAGGAGUUUCGGGAGUCAGUCCUGUAACACAGACUUCAGUCUGUUGACUGGUGAAGCAGCUGUGUGGCACGACACCAAACCCAGCAUGAAUCUCCAGCAGCCAGCCCCUCUCAUCCCCCCCGUCCACCCGGAUGUGCAGAUGAAGCCCCUGCCCUUCUACGAUGUGCUGGACGUCCUAAUCAAGCCUUCAAGUCUAGGAGCAAGUUCUUCACAGAGGUACCACCAAGAAAAAUAUUUUAUCUUUGCCUUGACACCACAGCAAGUCCGAGAAGUAUGCAUAUCCAGGGACUUUCUACCGGGUGGCAGAAGGGACUACAUGGUUCAAAUCCAACUGAGGUUUUGCUUGUCAGAGACAAGUUGCCCUCAAGAGGAUAAUUACCCAAACAGUCUUUGUAUAAAGGUCAAUGGGAAACUUUUUCCUUUGCCAGGUUAUGCACCGCCACCAAAAAACGGUGUGGAACAGAAGAGACCAGGAAGACCUCUAAACAUUACCUCCCUCGUCCGACUCUCCUCUGCAGUACCCAAUCAGAUUUCAGUGACAUGGGCGCCUGAAAUUGGAAAAACCUAUUCGAUGUCUGUGUACCUGGUGAGGCAGCUGACAUCACCACUGCUCUUGCAGAGACUGAGGAUGAAGGGCAUCAGAAACCCAGACCACUCCAGAGCACUGAUUAAAGAGAAGCUGACUGCAGAUCCAGACAGUGAGAUUGCUACGACAAGCCUUCGAGUCUCACUUAUGUGCCCGCUGGGUAAGAUGCGACUGACUGUACCAUGCCGGGCGGUGACCUGCUCUCACCUGCAGUGCUUUGACGCUGCCCUCUACUUGCAGAUGAAUGAGAAGAAACCCACCUGGAUUUGUCCUGUGUGUGACAAGAAGGCUGCAUACGAGAGUCUCAUCAUUGACGGUUUAUUCUUGGAGAUCCUGAAUGACUGCUCAGAUGUGGAUGAAAUCAAGUUCCAGGAGGAUGGAACCUGGUGUCCCAUGAGACCAAAGAAAGAGGCUGUCAAGGUCCCCUCUCACUCAAUUCCAAAAAUUGAGACCUUAGCUCCUUUGCGCCAGUCUUCAGUGGUCCCCCAUUCCACUGAGCCCAGCUCCACAAAGAAGGCUGAUGUGAUUGAUCUGACUCUGGAAAGCUCUUCUUCCUCGUCUGAUGAGGACGACACAGACCCUCCACUGAAGAAACGCUGCGUUUACAUUUCCAAGAACGAGGAGAUGCAUGCGAAGGGAGUGUUGACCUACCAGCCAUCUGUGCGCAUGCCAAACGCCCAGGCCCUGGACCCAUCAUAUCUGACUGCUACGCUUGCUGACUAUGCAGUCCCCUUCCACCCAUCCACACUGGCCACCAUCCCCACAGACAUGCAGAGUCUGGAUUUGUUUUCCUUAAUUCAAGCAGAUCCUCAGCAUUACCGGCCGCAGAUGUUCCUCGACAACCUGACGAGCAGCAUGCAGAGUGCAGCGGCAGCCAGCACCAGCUCAGCCCUGGUCUCCUCCUCCAGCAGCCACUACGACACCAGCACACACGCUGCCGGCUCAAUCCACGAGACCCGGGUCAUCACAGGAGGAGGGGGGGGCGCUGGAGGAGGGACUGACGGUGGCAUAUCGGAUGUCAUUUCACUAGACUGAGCCACAUCUCACUGGACCUGUUCAGGCCUGUUUUCUGUGGCCUUUUUAGUCUAGACUACAUGACGUGUUUAGUUUUACACAAAACACCCAAAUUGGUAAACAUGAGCACUUUGUGGCUGGAACAUUUUUAUAAUAUUAAAAACUAUCCAGGCAUGUUUUCUUUUUGCCUUUAGGUUUUUAUUUGCAAAUGGGCUUUUCAUCCUGUCUGCUAUGGCUGGAUGAUGGAUCGUUUGAUGGCCGAGGACAACGUGUAUCAGUGAAUUGGUUCUUUUAUUCUCUUGACUUCAUCAUUUGGGAAAUAUUAUUGUUAGCUGUUACACCCUAAAUCACACAUCAGUAUUCCCUGGUGUUUCAGCCUUGCGUUAGUCCGCCACCUCUUUAGGAAAAGAAUCUGGCUUGCUAGAUGUUUCACUCUUCACCAGCCCCUCAGCUCUGUGCCUGAGCAUGUACUCAGUUGAAUCAGUGGAACUGUCGACCCUUUCACAUUAGUCACUUAUUCAGUCUUCAUAUCAAAAUAUAGCAUAGGAUCUUUCAUUAUCAUUUUGACCUGAGCAGUUAGUCUUUUGGCCAUCCAUAUAUAAGUGUAUAAAUAUUUUAAUAACCCUUCCACCCUUAGCUCUGCAGUGGUUUUCCUGGCAGAAAGAUACAUGUCAUGUAAUACUUUUCCCCCCAGUUUCUCCAGUGGAAAUACAGUGAACUCUUCAUUAAUUUGUUUGCUGACUUCAGCCUGUUCUGGCCAGGUUGACAUGAAUUGUGUGCCUCACUAGCAUGGAACAGGGUCAGGAUGAAUAGAAGGAGAGCUUGGACUCACUGCUUUCAGCAAGACUUUUUACACAUCAUCCAUGCAAGUGAAUGAAGCGUUGGAAGUAGGAAGCCCCUCUGUAAAAAGACUGAAACACAUUGUUGAUUGCCUGUUUGUCCUCGUCACACGGUGGAUGGGCUUUUUUGUCUGUUCUUACUGUAUCUCUGCUGGCUUUCUACAGCUGCGUUUUGUCAACCAUUCACACUAAUGGAAACAUGCGAGGCAGGUCAGUAAUUCACGUUUUCAUUGCUUCUAACAGCUUUGAGGUUAGUUACAGGGCAGCUUUCAUGUCAUACUAUCGUAAAUGUUCCAUUGUAAUUUAGUCCGAGCAGUAAUGAUUGAACUAGGUCAAAUAAAGGUGUAAAUGUAGUUCAGAUAUUCAGUUGGUUCCUCCCACUCCGCUUCCCAAAUCCAGUCCCUUUCAUUGGUGUUAAUUAAUUUGGUAAUUUAUUGGCUUAUGUUAAUUGCCAAGAUUUUAUUUGGUUAGAGAAAUGCACUUAAAAGUGGGGUAUUUAAUUUUGGAGAGAUCCAUUACCAUGACAAACCUCUAAAGCUCACUAAUGAACAUGUUGUAUCUCAUUUUGUUUGUUCCUUACAGAGAAACUAAGAACCACAGUUUGUGGUUUUAGGAGGCAUCGUGUGCUGCCCCAGGCCAGCGGGUUCUCCUGGCUUCCGGUCUUUGUGUUAGGCUAGGCUAACCACGUCCUGCUCCAGCUAUGUGCUGAACACAGACGUGGGAUUGAUCUUCUCAUCUCUCUGAAAGAAAGUCAAGUGUAUUCCCAAAAUGUUUUUUUGUCUUUUUUUAAAUGCUGUCACAAAUGUGUGCGUCAGCUUUGAAUAGCAUGAGACGGUUCAGUGGAUUCUGAGAUGAUCUGAAGAAAUCUGAAUACUGAUCCCUCUUCAGUUAAUUUUUUAAAAGUCCAGUCUGUAAUUCUUAACUCUGACCCCUAUCUUUGAUUUUGUUGUAUGUUGAUGAUGCUGCAUGUUGGGAUGGAUGGAUGUGACAUGGAAAUUUGCUCAGUAUUAACACCUACACAUAAUACUUUCUCACAGUUGACAGAAAGCAGUAACAUAAAGAACAAUAAACAGGGCAGCUACUGUAUUUCCUACCUGUGGCUUGCUUAUCAUCUGGAUUAGCUACUUCUUUGGAUUGCUUGCAGUGUAUGUGGACUCGCAGCCAUCAGGAGCUCAAUCUCAGGGACCUACACUCCACUUUCUGGGCUUGAUGGACCGAGUGAAUGAAUACAUCACAUAGAAACAACACUGUCAGCAUCAGUAACUGAAAUACAGGUGUUGAUGUGAAAGUUUGGCUAAUGUAUGUUUUAGGCCUUUGUCUCUUUUAUUAAAACAUGCCAAUGACUGUUGGCAGAUUCAAGUUUACAUGUUAAAGACUGUGAUAAGAAUCAGUUCACCCAGUGACAUUAAAAACUCCCUUAGCUGUAGUGAUUUAUGUGAACAGGUUGUGAGAUACCUCUCUGAGAUUCAAGUCUCCACAGAAUUUAAUUUGUGAAUUGAAAAAUGACAUUUAAAAUAUUGAACAGAACGGUUUCCCUGUUACUCUGGAGAAUUCAGACUAGAGACAGUCAUGACUGGAACGCUAUGAGAACCUUUAGCAGAGUUGUUGCCUUCAUUGUGUUGGCUGGAGGCAGGAAUCUUAGACGGAUGUCUCCAAACCUGGAUAAAUGAAACCUAAAUGAUCUGCUGCAGGUUGGUUAGAUGUAGGGAACCCACCCUUGCUAAGGUUAGCAUAAGUAAAAGUGAAAAUCUGCUACAUCAACAAUACUGUCACAUCAUUUCCCACCAUUACAGCCCUUUGACUCACAUCAGUGUUGCGUAGGGGUCACUGUGACUUUGUGAAUUUACUGAUCAGACUUUUCACAGCGUCUGUUCGCCUGCAGGCAGAUGUUUCUUGUGUGGCUCCAUGGGAUUUCAUGUCAUGUUUUUUAUUUCUUAUUUUGUACUCACAUUUUACAGACUUUGAAACGUAGUCCAGAUCACCUGGACAUUUCUCUCUCGACACCACGUUAACAGACUCGGAGAAAAGUACACAUUUUUGUUCGCCUUUUACGAGGUUAAUUACAGGAUGCUUUGUCACAAGUGUCAUUUCCUGUAUCUGUAAACUUGCAGCAUUUUGAAUUAUGGUACCAUGUGUGGGUGUUUUUAUUAUUAAACAUUUUCUUUUUUAUCAUAAA